AGACAAAAUGGUUUGGAUAUUAUUGAUCCUCGUCUCAAGACGAAGAGAAUGACAUUGGUCCCGCCGGAAUCGGAAAAAGUUCAUUUUCCGGCGACUUUGACCGGCGGGCGGCGGCGGCGGGGCCUGGAAGAAAAGAAAAGAAGAAAUGGGGUCAAAUUGAAAAUUUUAAAAUAUAUAAAAUUCGAAUUUGGCCCUAAUGACCGGAAGUUAACCUAGAAACGGGCUAAUGGCUCAUUAGUGAAAGGAUUGUGUAAGUUNAGGGAUUUUUGUGAAAGGAUUUGAAGUUCAGGUACCACUUCGAAAUUCUAGCUAAAGUUCAGGUACCAUUGGUGAAAUUUACCCAAGUUUUAGAUUCUAGAAGUAAGAAGAAAUGUUGGGAAUGGGUCAAAAAUAAAUCUUGACCGUUGAAUUGAGCCCCACGGAGAUUGGAAAUUGCCCGUUUUUUCUACGGGUUGAAAAUGGAGAUGACCCGACUGCUCAGAAGCAUUUCAACUUCGCCUUCAACAAAAUUCACCCCAUCGCGGAUUCACAGCGCCACCGCCGCCACGCCGCUCCACCACAAUGCACAAGGCUUCAUCGUCUUCCUCCCUGGGACCGGGCGGCCUGGACAUAAGCCAGGCCUUCUUCAAGCCCGUCCCCGACGCCGCGCCACCGUCCCCCGUCAAGCGGCACAUCAAAGUCUCCGUCGUCGGCGUCGGCAACGUCGGCAUGGCGAUCGCGCAGACGAUCCUCACGCAGGAUCUGGUCGACGAGCUCGCCCUCGUCGACGCCAAGGCCGACAAGCUCCGCGGCGAGAUGCUCGAUCUGCAGCACGCCGCCGCCUUCCUCCCCCGCACUAAGAUCCAGGCGGACGUGGAUCCCGCCGUCACCGCCGGAUCGGAUCUCGUCAUCGUCACCGCCGGAGCGCGGCAGAAUCCGGGAGAGACGCGGCUGAAUCUGAUCCAGAGGAACUGCUCUCUGUUCAAAUCCAUCAUCCCGCCGCUGGCGAAGUACUCUCCGAGCGCGAUUCUGGUGGUCGUCUCCAACCCGGUGGAUGUCCUGACCUACAUCGCCUGGAAGCUUUCCGGGUUCCCAUCGAACCGGGUCAUCGGGUCGGGCACGAAUUUGGACUCCUCCCGUUUCCGUUCCCUGAUUGCUGAUCACCUUGACGUCAAUGCCCAGGACGUCCAAGCAUACAUCGUCGGGGAGCACGGCGACAGUUCAGUGGCGUUGUGGUCGAGCAUCAGCAUAGGAGGGGUGCCGGUGCUAAGCUUCCUAGAGCGACAACAGAUCGCGUUUGAGAAAGAGACGCUCGAGGGCAUCCACCGAGGCGUGGUGGAGAGCGCGUACGAAGUGAUCAACCUCAAAGGCUACACGUCGUGGGCCAUCGGCUACUCCGUGGCAAACCUUGCCCGGUCCGUACUUCGGGACCAGAGGAGGAUCCACCCGGUGUCGGUCCUCGCGAAGGGGUUUUAUGGGAUCGAGGGUGGGGACGUGUUCCUCAGCCUGCCAGCUCAGCUCGGGAGGCAGGGGGUGUUGGGGGUCACCAACGUCCAUCUCACGGAGGAGGAGGAGCAGAAGCUUAGGGACUCUGCUAGGACAAUUUUGGAGGUCCAAAGCCAGUUGGACAUUUGAUAGGUCGUUUCAAGAAGGGGGAAAGGAUUCACUUCCCCCUCCCAUUUCCACUUCUCUUUUUUGUUGUUCUUUUGGUUUUUGUGCUCUUGGUGUGCUUUCUUCAGGUGUACAAGUUUGUAGUUUUAUCUCUUUUGUCUAACAGUUUGCAAGAAGUUAAUAACUAGUUUAACAGUUG